AUGUCCCAGGGAGAGCACAACAAUUUCUGUGAGGUUUGGCUGAGUGAAGGUCAUCCUGUUGAGUAGAUAUUUAAACCCGAUUUCCCCAGCCAAAGUCCAUCAACAUUCAAGACACAACUACACUAACUAAUCUACUUGGGGCAGCGAGGGAACUAGGUGUUUUUGUGUUUGUUUUCAAGUAAGUUGUCCCAAAGCAAGAAGGGAUAAUGUCCCCCACAAGUCUAUAGUGUUUUGUUUUGAAGUUAGACACGAGGUGAAAAUACAGAUUUUUGCAUUUCAGGACCUAUCAGAAACCACACGGCUCUGCCUUAAAUUCUCUCAUCAACAAUUUUAAAUUCAAGAACUGGCAACAAUCUUCAUUUUACCAGGGGUGGGAGGGCAGUGUGCAUUCAAAGGAUCUACUCUGCCACAGAACUGUCACCCAGCUGCCUCUGUCGGCUGGGAUUUUGUCCCAAAGACUUUCAAGCAACCAGUCGAUACUUCUAGUUUAUUUAUUUAAUAAAAUUUAUAUACCGCUUGAUUGUCGCGAAAAGCCUCAGAGCGGUUUACAAAAAAAUAAUAAUCGCUUUAAAAAUUUGCACCAUAAUUAAAAACACACAGAGAGUUAGAACCCCAAUAGAAUAGGGUUUUUUUGUAGUCUUUGUUUGAAAUGCAUUCCUGUUUCUUGGUUGUAAGCAUGAUUUCUUUGUGUGUGUGGAAAAGUGGCAUAUAAAUAAAAUGUAUGAAUGAACAGACUCAAACAAGUUAAAAUUCAUACAGGCUUUCUAAACCUCAAAGCUUGUUUAAAUAAGAAUGCCUUUAGCAGGCGUCGAAAAAGAAUACAGUGAAGGAGCUUCAGUCUUUCUCGCUGGCGAAGAGGAGCAGCUUUAAAACUAGCUUUGACCGCCUGGAAGCCUUUCGAAUUCCUUGCCCAUUCCUUGCGCUCCUCGCCUCCCUCACCCUCAAAUCGCGACACUGGCUUCGCGCUUGGGGAAGCAGAGCCCAACCUCGGUGGCAGCGAUUGGUUGGAUUUCCCAGCGUGACUUCCCUCUGCCAAUAGGAAGUCGGAAAAGUUGGACACGGGUGAAGCCGACGAGAGGGUGGAAAAAGGUCUCAGUCAGCAUUUGGUGGCGGAACCGAACUGGUGAGUGUGGGGGUUUUUCGCGAGGAUCGGGACCCUUCCUUCGCUGAACCCGGGGGCUGGGAGGGUAGGCAUAGCCCAUGGGAGAACAAGCUUGUUCGGGUUUAUUUCCUGCGCGGCGUACCGAGGGUUUCUGAGAACGUGCAGAGUUCCCGCGCCGCGUUCGCUGUUGAGCCGCCGCAGUCAAGUCACAGCGCCUCUGAGAUUAAGUGGAAGGGAUUCCAGGGUAGCCAGACAGUUCUAUCCUUCAGUGCUCCCCCCCCCUCUCUCUUUUUUAAAUAGAAAUUUUGGAGGUGUAGGUGGCAGGGGGCUCCACAUCUGUGGCAGAAGACAGCAGUGAAUUAUAUUUGUUUUCUCCCGGUUUCUCUGGAGGAAUCUCCGUUUUGCAAAACUCCAACCCUGCCUUUCCAAAGUUAAACGACUUAUUGCCAGUUUUUGCCCUCUCUCUCUCUUUUAAGAGUCACAGAUUUCAAAUGCAAAGUCUGUACUGAUUAGUAAUGAUAAGCUGGGAUAAAUAUGAGAUACUGGAGGUAGGACACAGUAACAAAUUGCAGGCAGCCUGAGCCAUGCUCUUGUUAGGACCUAAGGUAAGGUUACCAGACGUCCCUGUUUUCGGGGACAGUCCUCGGAUUUGUACAAAUCAGUCCCCUGACAAAAUCCUAUCAUUCCUACUGAAGUUGAAAAGUGUCCCCGGAUUCAUUGAAAAAAAUCUGGUAACCUUAAAAGGGUUCCCCUAAAUCCCUGUUUAAAAACACAGAGACCUCUCAGGGUCUCUGGCUUUGCCCUGAAAUGGUAUAUUUUGAAACUUCAAAUCAUAUACCUUCUUUCAGCCCAUGGCAAUUUCAAAUUUUAAGACGCUAUAGAUUUCUCUAUGUUUAUUAUUAACAUCAUCACACUCCCAAAAUAAUAGUAAUAAAAUUUUAUUUAUAUCCCGCCCUCCCCAGCUGAAGCCGGGCUCAGAGCAGCUAACAACAGUAAAAUAAUACAGCAUUCUAAAAUCAAUUCAUUAUAAAAUCUUAUAAAAGAAGAUUUCCUGCUGCCGCCACCACCACAAAAUUGGCCACAAAAUUCACAAUCCUACCCUAAUGGAAGAGUAUUGGUAUUUUGCCACCUUUGUAGAAAUGGCAAAAGAUUCUUGCAUUGCAGGGGGUUGAACUAGAUGACACUCACAGUCCCUUCCAACUCUACGAUUCUAUGCUAAUCCUUAGGUAAUAUUUCUGCUUGUUACGGAGGUGUUGUUUUUUACAUUAUGUGGAAGAAACCAUAUAAUUUGAACCUGGUGAUUUAACUCCAUGCCCAUUGACCAAUCCCCCUAAUCUUUCAUAUUUGCCUUGAGAGAGCUUGGGUUUUGACCUUUGAAACUCUAAAUGGUUCCGGGUUAAGUUAUUAAAUAAAGGACUGCCUGUGUCCAUAUGAAGCUUCUCCUGGAUUAAGACCGGCACUGGAGGCCCUACUCAGUGGCUCACCUUUAAGAUCCAUUUAAUUGGACCAUUUAACCACAUCAGUUAACAAACAUGGAUACAUAUGCUAUAAUGUUAUUGUUUUCGUUAAAGAGAUUGUUUAAAUUGUUAUUAAGGAAAUGAUUAUUUUUCUCCUUCCAGUAAAGUACAGCAGAAAAGUUGUCCAAAUAUAAACAGUUAACUUAUUAAACCUCACAAUAAUUUCAUAAUUAUCUGUCUAUGUAUUUCUAAUAGUAUAACCAAAUCAGUAAUUUUUGAUAUAACUGUAAAAACUACUCUGAAAAUUUAUUAUUCCAAAAAUGAAACCUUCAUCUGGUUGUAAAUAUUAAGAUUAUACCAGCAAGAACGAGUCUUUCUAUAAAAAAUGAUUUAAAUCAAGUCUUACUGAUUUGAAUCAAUGUGAUUUAAAUCAAAUCCACCCUGAUAGGAUGUUAGGUGGCGAGGUGGGCUGAGGGAAAAGUUGAAGCUCUUCAGAAUGAAGUUGACAAAUGAGCACAAGCUGAGUUUCACGUUUCUUUUGUCGCUUAAUGGUAUUUUUUCUUUUCCAUCCAGGGCAAGAUGUUUCUGGUAGGACUGACAGGUGGCAUUGCGUCAGGGAAAAGUACGGUGGUUGCUAUGCUGCGGGAACUGGGCUGCGCUGUUAUUGAUGCUGAUGUUAUAGCCCGACAAGGUGAGGCAGCCUGUGCUCCUUGGUAUGAGGGUGAACAGAAGAUGCACUUUUGCUCUCCAGUAGACCGCUGGCCAGAGGCAAUAGAUCCUCCAGGAUCCCCAAGGGAGUUGUUGUUGGGCCUGCUCUUGGGUUCUCGGCCUGGAUCCAUUUGUGGGAUAAAAAUGAGACAAAUAAAUAGAUUCCAGGCCAAUGAAGAAGAGUUUGGAUUUGAUAUCCCACCUUUCACUCCCUUUAAGGAGUCUCAACGUGGCUAACAUUCUCCUUUCCCUUUCUCCCCCACAACAAACACUCUGUGAGGUGAGUGGGGCUGAGAGACUUCAAGGAAGUGUGACUGGCCCAAGGUCACCCAGCAGCUGCAUGUGGAGGAGCGGGGAAGCGAACCCGGUUCACCAGAUUACAAGACUACCACUCUCAACCACUACACCACACUGGCUCUCAAUGCCGCUUUCCAUUCAGUCUUCCAGCUGUCUUGGGGCCUACCCACAUACUGGUUUUCUUCCUCAAAAAGAAGCUGCUGAGGAAGAAUAGAGGGUUAAUUUGGAUUAGGCCUGCAGCACUGGGGAAAAGGUAAAGGGGCCCCUGACCGUUAGGUCCAGUCGUGGCCGACUCGGGGGUUGCGGCGCUCAUCUCGCUUUAUUGGCCAAGGGAGCCGGCGUACAGCUUCCAGGUCAUGUGGCCAGCAGGACUAAGCCGCUUCUGGCAAAUCAGAGCAGCACACGGAAACGCCGUUUACCUUCCCGCCGGAGCGGUACCUAUUUAUCUACUUGCACUUCGACAUGCUUUCGACCUGCUAGGUUGGCAGGAGCAGGGACUGAGCAAUGGGGGCUCAACCCGUCAAUGGGAUUCGAACCGCCGACCUUCUGAUCAGCAAGUCCUAGGCUCUGUGGUUUAACGCACAGCGCCACCCGUGUCCCCAGCAGCACUGGGGAACUGGGCUUAAUUAUUUACUUAAGCCAGGGGUCAGCAAACUUUUUCAGCAGGGGGCCGGUCCACUGUCCCUCAGACCUUAUGGGGGGGGUCGGACUAUAUUUUGAAGGGAAAAAAUGAACGAAUUCCUAUGCCCCACAAAUAACCCAGAGAUGCAUUUUAAAUAAAAGCACACAGUCUACUCAUGUAAAAACACGCUGAUUCCCGGACCAUUCGCAGGCCGGAUUUAGAAGGCGAUUGGGCCGGAUCCAGCCCCCGGGCCUUAGUUUGCCUACCCAUGGCUUAAGCCAGGCUUCCUCAACCUUGGCCCUCCAGAUGUUUUGAGACUACAAUUCCCAUCAUUCCUGACCACUGGUCCUGCUAGCUAGGGAUCAUGGGAGUUGUAGGCCAAAAACGUCUGGAGGGCCGAGGUUGAGGAAGCCUGGCUUAAGUGCUACAGCCCUGAUGCCAACACCCCACCCCCGAGAGGCUCUGUUAACCUAGAAAAACUAUAUCCGCAGAAACUAUGUACCUGUACGUGCAAUGAAAACUCAGACCCCAUCCUCUCCACCAAUUGCCUUUUGAAGAGCAAAAUAAAACUACGUCGGGAGUUUUAAAUCACGGAACUGUAAUGUAAUAUGCUUGUGAGCUUCUAAACUUAUUUGACUCACUGCUGCUGGAAAGACAGAAUGCUGAUCUACUGCUCUGUCCCGAUAGAGCAGAUCUUGUGCGCUUGUUUGUUAGCCUAUGGAUUGCUGCUGGAGGCAGGAGCUCUAAAUGCGGAAAGCUUGGGAGAGCUCAUGUAGCUUUCUGCUUGCGAGGAAGAGAAGCUGUGUUCGUCUCAUCCCUCCAUCGACAGCACUUGGAACCUGUCUCUUUGCCAGUUGGAGGACCUCUGCAAAUAGUUUGGGCCAGUUGAAGCUAGGGGUGCUGUGGAUUCUGAUGCCAGCUGACCUGCAAUUGCUGGACUAAUGUGCAGCUCAGAAUGUGGUUAUCUGUCAGAUUUCACACAUCUCCAGAUUUCUCGGCCCAAGAAAAGAAAAGGCACAGUCUGCAUUAUAAAUGCACAUGUUGUUGUUGUUUAGUCGUUUAGUCGUGUCCAACUCUUCGUGACCCCAUGGACCAGAGCAUGCCAGGCACUCCUGUCUUCCACUGCCUCCCGCAGUUUGGUCAAACUCAUGCUGGUAGCUUUGAGAACACUGUCCAGCCAUCUCGUCCUCUGUCGUCCCCUUCUCCUUGUGCCCUCCAUCUUUCCCAACAUCAGGGUCUUUUCCAGGGAGUCUUCUCUUCUCAUGAGGUGGCCAAAGUAUUGGAGCCUCAGCUUCAGAUAAAUGCACAUAUUAGGAUAGAAACGCAUACAUCGAGACGCAGUGCAUAUUCAAAUAUGUAUUUUGUGGUAAAAAGUAUAUUUUAAAUACAAAUGUUGCUGCUAGUUUUCCAAAAACAAAAUUUGCAAAUUAAUGGGGAAGUGGGACAGAUUGCAUUCCAGAAUGAGCGUAUGUAGGAAUUGGCACAAACUGUCUUAUCACAAGCAACGCUUCUCGACUUGCAGUUUGUCUCUGCUGUCCCUCUUGUCUCUGAUCGAGUUUCCCAGUGACAAAAAAUUGAAAGCAACUCUGGUGGAGCCUUAAUGUUAACCCCUCUUUCCUCAGUGGUCCAGCCACGCUUCCUGGCAUACCAGCGCAUUGUGCAUUCUUUUGGCCCCGAAAUUCUCCUGGAGAGCGGCGAGAUCAACCGCGAGGCUCUAGGAAGCAUAGUUUUCUCUCAGCCCGAAAAACGUCGGCUGCUGAAUUCCAUCACUCACCCUGAGAUACAGAAGGAGAUGGUAAAACAGAUCUUGAAAUACUUUAUGCUGGGUAAGCUACUGGUGAGGUUGAUUUUUAUUUCAUUUUGCGGAAUCCUCGAGGCAUCGAUACACGCUGACAAAAGCUGCACCGUCUCCCUUUGCCCUGCAUUUUAUUUUAUUUUCCUUUACCGGCCAAGAGGGAACGGACUGUAAAAAGGCCUCUGAGCUGCUUCCUUUGUGCCGUGUUUGCGCUCAUCCAUUCACUGCUUACAUCCUGAGGAUUCUUCCUUCUUUAUCCUUGCCCUUUGCAUUUUUGCUCCCUUAACGUUGCCUUUAAAGAGCACACACAAAAGAGUCUUUGGGAAGUAUUGUGCAUAAUGUCACACCUUCAGAAAUGCUCGCACGCGCCCCCAGCCCCCCCCCCCCCCACUUUUCCCGGGUGCUCUUAUAAAAGCUCUUUUUGAACUCGAUAAGGUAAAAGAAUGGUUUGACAGCUGGGAUUUCGGCAGCGCCUCUCUAUUCCCUUUCAUUCCUCUGAUAACUGUAACAAAUACAGCUGACAAAUCUGUCUAAUCAAGGGCCUGAUAAUAUCGCUGGCUGCUUUGGAGGUCUCGGGGUAGCAGAGAAGGGUCUCCUCACAAGGAGGAACUCAUUGAAAGCAGACAGGGUGGGAGGGAGAGCCAGAGCUCUCUGUUUUCCAGUUUCUAAGGCCAAUAUAACCCCCUUAGAUGAGAGGGGAAAGCGUUUAGGGAACUGGGAAAAUAGCCUCACUGGUGAUCUUGAAAGCUUUGUUCUUCAGAAGACCUAGACUUUUCUGCAAAUUAAGGUAAUUGGAGUAAUUCAACUCCCGUCAUUCAAAUUAGUGGCAAUAUUAUAAAAGCGGCUCCUUCUCUGAACUGCACACUAUAACGCUGGAAGUUCCCUGUGCUUCCACAUGUGCUUGCCACAUGAAGCCAGAGGAGGGGAAUAUUCCCUGCUCAGAAAAACGACAUCCCGAUGCCUUGUUCAGUACAUGGAUCCUGGUCCAAUUUUGUUGUCGCUAAAUAAUUUUUAUUAAUUUUCAAUUACAAAAAUCCAAUAUGUGCCAUAUUAUAUUAACAUGAAAUAAAGGUAAAGGGACCCCUGACCAUUAGGUCCAGUCGUGGCCGACUCUGGGGUUGCAGCACUCAUCUCGAUUUAUUGGCUGAGGGAGCCAGCGUACAGCUUCUGGGUCAUGUGGCCAGCAUGACUAAGCCGCUUCUGGCGAACCAGAGCAGCGCACGGAAACGCUGUUUACCUUCCUGCCAGAGCGGUACCUAUUUAUCUACUUGCACUUUGACGUGCUUUCAAACUGCUAGGAUGGCAGGAGCAGGGACCGAGCAACGGGAGCUCACCCUGUUGCGGGGAUUUGAACCACCAACCUUCUGAUCGGCAAGUCCUAGGCUCUGUGGUUUAACCCACAGCACCGCCCGCGUCCCUCUCAAAUAAAGGCACCUUUUACCUUAACACCAAAUAGCGAUACCAGUUAAAAUACAAAUCAAUUACAUAGCCAAUUAUAAAUUUUGUGGGGCUUCCCAGUUGCUGUACCUCAGGGUCUGAUUCCCUUUAAUUCUGCCUCCAGACUGUUGCUCAAACCAAAUACAAUCCAUUCUUGAUAAAAUCCCUUAUACCACCGCUACAAAAAUUAACUUCAAUUCGCACUGACACAUAAAAUAAUUUGUAAAUUCGUAGGUGAAGUUCUCCUUUCUUCUCCUGUGUGAGGUUUUAAUUCCCGUCAGUUGUUCCUUUAAUUCUUUAUCCAAUAUUAUGUCCAUAUGAGGCCUUCUGGCUUCGUUGACUCGGAGUUAUUCUGAAGAAAUCUCUCUUUGCUCUCAACUCUUCUGAUUGCAACUGUAAAAUUCCACUUUCAAUUUCAGGCAGGGAGUCACCCAAAUUUUACUCCAGAAUCUGACAAGGGGAUGAAAUCGCACAAACUCUUGAGUUUGCAGCGCUUUACACAAAACUCCUUGUGCAGUUUUGUGUGUGUGUGUGUGUGUGUGUGUGUGUGUGUGUGUAAUGAAUGCUUGCAGUUUCUACAACAUUUACGAUGCAAAAUUCACCUCCCUCCCCUCCGCAGGCCAUCGGUAUGUGAUCCUCGAUAUCCCGCUCCUUUUUGAAACCAACACGCUGAUCAAGUUCAUGAAGCACACCGUUCUCGUGUACUGGUAAGGAUAUUACAGGGAACGAUGACGUUAUGUCACAAUACGAAAGCGCCAGUCGGUCUGAUGCAACAAAGGACAGAGGAUGCCCAUUGGAAUGCAUUGGCUCCUGAACUGAGUCAGGAAUCAUAGAAUUUAGACUAGAGUCAUCUAGUCUAACCCCCUGCAAUGCAGGAAUCUCAACUAGAUCAUACAUGACAGAUGGCCGUCCAAGCUCUGCUUACAUGGGAUUUGCACGUGACCAUUCAGAUGAACCAAAUCCCUUAUAACUGGUUGCUCGUACAGCCGUACUUUGGAAGUCGAACAGAAUCCGUUCUAGACAUCUGUUCGACUUCCAAAACAUUCGGAAACCAAAGCGCAACUUCUGAUUGGCUGCAGGAAGCCCCGUCAGACGUUUGGCUUCCAAAAACAGUUCACAGACUGGAACAGUCACUUCCGGGUUUGCGGCAUCCGGGAGCUAAAACAUUUGAGAACUAAGCUGUUUGAAAACCAAGGUACGACUACUGUACAGUGUUAGAAACUCAGAUAUAUAAGCUAGGUGUCAAAUGGCUCCUUAAAUCCAGGGUUACAGUCGCCAGAAUGAAAUGCCUACUUGCCAUUUUGGGGGCAGACCCAAAACCUUUGUGCAGAUAAAACAUAAUAGAUAGAAUUCUACAAGUGUGUGAAAACAGGCAAGAGUUCUCUGGGCAUACACCUCCAUAUGGCGGGAGACAUCAGGUACCAUCCUGGCGCCCAGGCAUCUUUACCUGGUCGCAGGUGGCCAAUAGCCAGGUGCAAAAUGCGCCUGGCAAAUUCUGAACACUGCUUGUGCAGCAUUUUUAAGGGCAGUACCAAAAGGGCCACACAGAAUGUUGUUGUGCUUCCGAAUGGACUGACCCUUGGAAUGGGUUGGAGCUCCUGCAAACUUGUGAACAGAGUUGUAUAAGAAGUUUAUUUCGUAGGGGCCACAUUCCUGUCUGGAUAAUCUUUCAGAGGCCGCAAGCCUCUGAUGGGUGAGAAUAGAGCCAAAAGUGUCUAGAGCAACAAAUGUAACUCUUACCUUUGUGUAACAGGCUAGUAUGCGCACACACAAGAGGAACGUUUUCUUCUGGCGCCUAAAGCUAUACACACCAGGCAAGCAAGGGGCGUUAUCAGAGUUUAAGGACCUGGUCCUGCCAUGUAGGAACAAUCACAAACCAUGCAAAGCAGAACCAGUGAUGGGGAUGGCCUGGGAAGAGGGGUGUGUGGCUGGGAAGAGACCCAAAUUCCAGAGGGAGAGGCCCCUGAGGGGUGCUUUUUGCCCCCAAGCCUGAGGUGUCCCAUCCCCAAGUUAGAUGGAGAAGGUAAAUGUAUCUCUUCAGGGAAUUAAUUGGGGAAUUAAUUAGCUGUUCCUGUUAAACCACAGAGCCUAGGGCUUGCCGAUCAGAAGGUCGACGGUUCGAAUCCCCAUGACAGGGUAACCUCCCGUUGCUCCUGCCAACCUAGCAGUUCGAAAGCACGUCAUAGUGCAAGUAGAUAAAUAGAUACCGCUCCAGCGGGAAGGUAAACAGUGUUUCCAUGUGCUACUCUGGUUCGCCAGAAGCGGCUUAGUCGCUUAGUCAUGCUGGCCACAUGACCCGGAAGCUGUACGCCGGCUCCCUCGGCCAAUAAAGCGAGAUGAGCGCCGCAGCCCCAGAGUCGGUCACGACUGGACCUAAUGGUCAGGGGUCCCUUUACCUAUCCUUCGACAGGUUUUUGUGUGUGUGUGUGUUUACCUUUUCCUCAGCAGAUUUGCUGGUUGAGGUCUUUGUGCUUCACCCCUCAGAACUCAGCCUUGACAACUGAGCCCACUCUGCUCAGCAUGACCCUUCCCACUGAUCUCUUCAUAGGCCACGUUCACACCCUAAAGCACUAUGACACCGC